GCGUACUUUAUCUAUGGCACUCGAGACCGGCAACGAGGCAAAUUUGUGUUGGAGCUGAUACUUGCCAUACAGGACACCAGGGAGAGAGCGUUCGCAAAAGUUAAGCCGCUGUUUACCGUUUUUGCGCGUUCGCUCGAGAGCCCUGUUGUUAAAAUCGAGCCCGACGGUGCUACCAUGGACGAAGUCACUCAAGAGUCACCGAAACCUUGCCUCACGCCGCUUGCAUCUCUCAAGACGUUUGAUGUGGACAAAGACCCCACCGACGCGGGGCUGGCGAACCAGUCCAAUUUUUGCUUCCUGAAUGCGACACUGCACUGCAUAUUUCGCUCUCCACAGUUCCUCACAUCUCUGUACCGAACAAUUCGACGUCGAGAAGGCCUGGGAGACAUUUCCCCAAUCGAGGUUGCCAAGGCAAAAUGCUGCUCCGCUCUCCUGGAAACUGGCCUGACUAUGAAGGAUGAUGCAACUAGAGCUAGCAGCAACUGUGUAGAUGUUGUAGAAUUGGGUCUCACAGCUGCAAUGCGGUCGUGCUCACCGUCCUUGAUCGCCCAGACUCCGUUCCGACAGGUCCAGCAAGACGCUGAAGAGUGCCUCUCCUUCUUCUUCGACAUCCUCGACGACGAAGCCACGAACAAUGCUCCCCCGUCGGAGUCCUUGCUGGCAACCCAGCUCUUGCAAGCCAUUCAUUCAGCCUCGAGCACAGACCCCGCCACGUACGCACAUCUAGUGGAACGGCUGGCCAAGCUCAAGUGGGCAGACUACACAUCCCGACAUCCGUCGUUCGUUGCUCGCCAGUUUGGGGCCCAGGUCGUUCGAGGCUCGAGCUGUCAAAAUUGUCGUCGGCUGACGUGCCACAUGCAGGAAACCAGCGUGCUCUCGGUGGCAUUGCAUUCGUCGACGCUCCCCAUGUCAUUAGAAAGCUGCUUGGACCAGUUUAAAUCGAUCGAAGCCAUGGUGAACGACAAUCAAGUGUGGUGCGGCUACUGCCAGUCCAAAACCGACCAAUCGAUCCAAACCUUGCUGGUGCACACCCCGCCGUGCAUCGUUCUGCAGCUCAAGCGAUUCACGUGCGACGGCGCGAUCUCGAAAAACUCUGCGGGCGUGUAUUUUCCCGUCCACCGACUCAACUUGUCCCGGGCGUGCUUUGCCCGAAGCGAUGUCACGUCGUCCAACUACCGCCUCUAUGCAGUGUGUGCCCACAUCGGGGACAGUUUGCACCGCGGGCACUACAUCGCAUACUGCCGACUGCGGCAGACCCACACAACAUCACACUGGCUCAAGUACGAUGACGAAGCCGUCACAAGUCUGGACGAGUCCACCAUGCUGCACGAAACGCUGCGCACGGCCUACCUGUUGUUUUACGAACGAUACGACAUUGCGUGAAGGUCAAGAACAUAUUUAUUGCCAACUACUUGGGGUGACCACACAAGUCGGCAAGGGACCAGACGCAAGUGCUGGCGUGCAUUGCGUGGCGCCCACUUAAUUCCACAACGCUGCCGACAACGAGAUGUCUGUACUCCAUCCACGUCGCGCAAACAUGCCAAUGCACACUCGUAUAUCUUGGCCGUAUAUGCCUCUUUUCUCGAAGUGAAAUAUUUCGACUUUAUGAAGGAUAUUCCAAA